UCAGAGCACUGAGCUUCUGGCUGUGACAGGGCCCAGUUCAAUCCAGGUCUGGGGAAACUGGCCCCUGCCCUAAGAGUUGCCCUGGGUGUGCAAAGACGUCAUCAAAGCAGUGAGGUGGGGGGAGUGACCUCUCCAACUCUUUGGACAACUCCAGCUGCAGAUGGGAACUCUGAGGUGUUUGAGCACAAAAUGUUUGUGACACUAAAUGUGUAGACGUUUCAGAUGAUGGAUGGCAGAUGGACAGCACACUUGUUUCUUUGGAAAGUACUUGGGGGAGUGCCAGGAAGUGGCAUUUUAUGGGUGAAAACAGCUACCAGGGAGAGCCUUUGCUCUCAGGAAAAGCAGAGGAAUAAAGCCGUCCCUUUCACUAGGCCCUGAUGAAAAGGUAAGUCCUGAAGACAGACUGGUGAAAUGCUGCUGACUGUAAGACCAUUGCACAUGGGGUAGUGAAUGAUGACUAUCCAGUUAACCCAAGUAGAAUCACAGAAUCAUUUAGGUUCCAAAAGGUCCUUGAGACCAUUUGAGUCCAACUGUAAACAUAGAACUACCAAGUCCAAUACUAAACCAUGUCCCUGCAUGCUAUGUCAGGGGAUGGUGACUCAACUGCUUUCCUGGGAGCUUGUUCCAUUGCUUGACAAUCCUUUUGGUGAAUAUUUUUCUCUUAAUAUCCAAUCUAAACUUCUCCUGGUACUACUUAAGCAAAUUUACUCUUGUCCUAUCACUUACUACUUGGGAAGAGACAGACAUCCAACUCCUUACAGCAUCCUUUCAGGUGCAGGCCUGUGCUGUGCUAUCCUGUAUUUUGUUGUGCUGCGCAAAUCCUGUGGUGGAUGGAUAAGCUCAACUCAUUGUAACCAAGGAAUGUGCAAGCAUCUCCCACAUGGUGCUGGUGCGAAAGCCCUCUGCAAGCAAAAAGUCUACAUGGGAACUUAUUUUACUGUGACAUCAAAAAUGACAAAGAGAAUUUCUUUCAUGCAGGAAAGUCCUAAAAUGACUUGAAUGACUGAAACAGGGGCACUCUUUCUUUUCAAUUGCAAGGAUCUGCGUCUAGAUCAUUGAUGAAAAUAUUAAACAGAGCUGGGCCUGGAAAUGCACCCUGAGAAACGCCUGUCAUCAGUGAGAGAUCACCCCAUUCAAUACAGCGCUUUGAACUCUACACUUCAGCCACUUCUUCACCCAGAGCACUGUGAACCUGCUCAUGUCACAGUUGGACAAUGUGUCCAGAAGGAUGCUGCGAGGGUCAGUAUCUAAAGCCUUACUAAAAUCCAGGAAAACUACAGUGACCACCUUCCCUUUAUCCAUGAGGCAAGUGACCUUAUCAUAGAAGAAGGUCACAAUAGUUAAACAGGACUUUCUCUUGGUGAGCCCAUGUUGACUGUGCCUGGUUAUUGUGUUGUUGUUUAAAUGCCUUUCAGCAGUACCCACCAUGAUUGUCACCAUAAUUUUUCCAAUAACUGAGGUUAGACAAACAGGUCUGUAGAUUCCUGGGUCUGCUUUUAGGCCCUUCUUGUAAGUUGGAAGAACCCUGGCCAGCUUCCAGUCAGCAGGGAUGUCUGCAGACUCCCAAGACCUUUGACAGAUGAUCAAGAAAGGUCCUCCUGUAAUAUCUAUCAGCCCUUUCAGUACUCUGGGAUGAAUCCCAUCAGUCCCAUGGACUUGUGAACAUUCAGCUGAUAGAGCUGGUCCCUUACAACUUCAGAGUCCACCAAUUCAAAGUCACUGUUCCCAAACUUUUGGUCCUCUGAGUCGGUGGAUGGGACAGCACAAGGUCUAUCAGUAUAAUUGAAGCCCGAGGCAAGAAAAGCUUUAGUGCCUCCACUUAUUCUUCAUCCCUGUCAGUCAAGUGACCAGCUUCAACAAGUAUCCAUCCAAUGUUUUCUUCAGACUUCCUCUUGCUAUUAAUGUACUUUAAAAAGCCUUUCUUGCUGUCCAACACACCACUGGCCAGUUUCAUCUCUACUGAUCUCUGGCCUUCCAUGUCUUCUCCCUGCGUGUAAGAACCAAAGCUUUACAAUCUUCCUGCAAAGCUUGACCUUGCUCCCAGAGAUGAUACAAUUUCUUUUUCCUCAUGAAAUCUCUGAGGAGUUCCCUGUUUUGCCAAGCUUGUCUUCUGUCCCACUUGUUAAAUUUUGAUGCAGGGGAAUUGCCUGCUAAAAGGUGGCAAGUAUACAGAGUUGUGAAAACACAUUAAUAGUCUUUGAGUGUGUUGUAAGGAACCUCCAGAAGUUGUUUCAAAGGGUUGUGUUGGAAGUUAGAGUCGAGAUGAACUUGGAAAAGAGCCAUUGAUUUUGUUCAUAUCGUUGUUGUUUCCAAAUUCAGAGGCUUCUUGAUGGGAGUAGAAAACUGUCCCGAGGCAAUUUUCUGGGUUUCUGGGUUUAUAUUCUCCUUUCUGCCUGUUCUCCUUCUGCCCUAAGAACCAUCUUUGAGCAUUGUCUUACACAUUUCUCUUAAGAAUGACUGUCACUCCCUGUAUAAUAACAGAUUGUUUCAAUGAAGGCAGUGUAUCACAGAACAUCUGGAAACCCUUAUGCUGUGUUGUGCUGCAGUCAUAAACUGUGACCUUCUGAACUGUAAUAGAGUUAUGUGUAAAAGUGAAAUAAGAGGAAUGCCUACUUUAGUCAAGAAAGUAGUCUUUGUAGAGAUGUUCUUAUUAGAAAACCUCAGUUAAAGAUUUCAGGAGGCUGGGAGGUUUUUUUCUCAUUUGGUCCCCUGCCUGAGGAAGGUAGAGUGGCUACAUUUCUGUCAUUUGGAGAUACAAACAAUAGAGCACUGGGGAAAAUUCUGUGGAGGACAGAGUUGUUGGAAGGUAUCUGUGGGUCUAUUUAACCCUGAGCUUCUGGCUGUGACACAGAGGUGGAAAUGAUUUGCUAUCCAGUUAACCUGAGUAGAAUCAUAGAAUCAUUUCAGUUAGAAAAGGUCCCUGAGAUCACCAAUUCCAACUGUUAACCUGAAGACUACCAAGUCCACCAGCAAACCAUGUUCCUGAGCACUGCAUCCUGGGAUGGCAACUCAACCACUUCCCUGGGCAGCCUGUGCCAAUGCUUGACAAUACUUCAUAUGUAUGAAGUUUUGUUAGUAUACAAUCUAAACUUCCCCUGGUGCAACUUCAGGCUAUUUCCUCUCAUGCUAUCACCUGUACCUUGGGAAGAGACUGACACCCAGCCCCUUACAAUCUCAAAUCAGGUACAGACUUCAGAUGUCCUGUACUGUGUUGUGACACAGAAAUUUUGUAGCAGAAUGAUAAACCUCACUCAUUGUAAACAAGGAAGUUGCAGGGAACUCCCACUUGGUACAGGUGAGACCAUCACCUGUGACAGAGAGGUCCAUAUGGGAAUUCCUUUAUUGUGACACUCAAAAUAAUCAAGAGAAUAGCUUUCUUGCAAAUAAGUAUUGUAAUGUCUUGCAUGACUGAAAUGCGGGUGCUCAUUCUUUCCUAUGACCAGGGUCUGCAUGGCAUGGUCUGUAUGGCUGGAGUGCUGUGUGAUGCUCCUGUGCUCGGGGUUCCCCACUUCUAAAGGGACCUUGGUUUAUCUGUAUUAAUAUCUUCCAAUUGUGUGAACUAUUAUAUUCAGAAUUUGUCACGGUCCGAGAAUCAGCAUGUGUCUCUUGGUGAGAUGACAAGGAACUAGCCCCUCCUGGUGUAAGACUGCUGGCCUUUUGGGAUGUUCCAGUUCGACGGUUUGUUUGUCUCCUGCAGUUCAUAUCCAGAUGGCUUAUUCUUGUUUUUACCCUAUGAGAGGGAGAGACUAUUUUGUGCACUGCAGGGCCUGAACACGUUGCUGAGCUUUCUGAGUGGCUCGUCGGAGGUGCCGUUAUAGGAAGCAAUGCAGUGGGCAGGACUUGUCAGAGACGCAUGUCCCUGAUUCUGUAAGCACUGCUGUCAGGUAUGCUGGCAAGCGCCGGGCUGCAGCAAGCGGUGUUGGCUAAGCAGGAGUGGGAGGACUGCGAUGCACUGGCCGCUGCCCAGCGCCAGAGCGCUGCCGAUGCUGUCAGCAGAUGAGUAUUUCCACCGUUCCGUCUAGAGAAGUCCUUCGAGUACUGUUAUCGUGUGGUGACGGCGAGAGAGCUGGACCGGGAGGUACCGGCUGGGGGAGGGGCGCGCCGCUGUCGUCGUACGUGUCGGUGGAGGCGGAGACGGGCGCGCUGUACGCGCUGCGCUCGUUCGACUACGAGGAGGUGCGCGAGGUGGGGCUGUGGGUGCGGGCGGAGGACGGCGGCGCGCCGGCGCUGAGCAGCAACGUGUCGGUGCGGCUGGUGAUCGUGGACCAGAAAGACAACGCGCCGCAGGUGCUGUAACUUCUGCCAACGCCGGUUGUGCCGGUCCGAGAGCACGGGCAGCUGCCACCCUCCGACACUGCUUCUCCGGCAUCAAGCUGCUUUCUCCAGCUCAGAGACGCUCCUGGACAGAGGACGAAAACAGUAACCGCUGGCGUUCACCGCUGAGUCGGGGCGGGCAAGGACGAAGAAUCGCUGUGCACGUCGCAGCCCGCUGGUGACAGGGAAACCGACCCAGAAAGAACAGCCCCGUGCAUUCACGCCUAAGCCUUGUCAUGACCCGCCUCCCUUCCCGUUCGUCAGGCUCCUGACUCGAUGUCUCGCCGAGCCCUUCUGUUACCUGCGUGAUGUCCCGACGGAGGCCCUUGCCCGGUUUCUCCAGACGGGGAAGGCGGCUCUGUCCCUCUGCUCAGCUUUCGUCGUACCGUGGGAAACAUUUUGAGGUUGUCGUGCCGAAAGGUACGGAUUGGCCUCCCGGGAUCCAAGCGCAGACGAAGCCGGGCGCUUCACAGAGCGAGGAAAGACGCGGGGCAGGCGCUGGCGCUUCUCGUGCGCUCUGGAAGGCUCGGCGGCUCCGCAGGGCUCUUGUCUCUCUGUCCCUCCACUUCACUCCCCAGCGUGCUCUGUACUCGUUCUGCCGCGGGACCCCAGGAGGGCGAGCGGCCGCAGCCGCGCGUGUGCGCGCGGGUCCGUGUGCCGGUGCGAGGCCGCCGCGCAGGCAAGCGGGCGGCGGCGGGCGCAGUCUGGCGGCGGGCCGCAGGGUGGCGCUCCCGGCCAAGACGUCGCCGAGCGGCUGCGAGCGGUGAGGCGGUCGAAUCCGGCCCGCCCUGCCCAGCUCAGCUCAGCGCAGCCCAGCCCAGCCCAGCCCUGCCGGGAAGCGGCGGAGAGCGGCGGUGAGCGGUGCCCCGUGCCAUUCGCUGCCGCGCCAUGACAGUCGUUCUCCGGGCCGCCAGGCGGACUCGGCGAUAAAGAAGCGGGGAGAGAGGGAGAACGCCCUCCGGCCGGCACACCGCCGCGCUGCUGCCGGGUGCCGCUUUCCGCGGAGGACUGCGCGGGCGAUCCGCGAGACGGAGGCUGUCCCGGACCGACCCGACAUGGCGAUCGCAAGGCAAGUGCUUUGUCUCUCUGCUUUCCUGUUCCUGCCGCACGCUCGCUCCCAGCCCCUGCGGUACUCCGUAGCCGAGGAGGGGGAGAGCGGCUCGGUGGUAGGCAACGUGGCGGAGGACGCGGGGCUGGCCCCGGCGCAGCUCUCGGCUCGCCGCGCCCGCCUGGCCUCGGAGGACGGCCGGCAGCACUUUCGCUUAGAGCGCGGCACCGGCCGCCUGCUCGUGGCGGAGAGGCUGGACCGGGAGGAGCUGUGCAGCCAGGCCGCUACCUGCACGCUGCCCUUCGAGCUGGUGCUGGCCAACCCCCUGCAGUUCUUGCGGGUCGAGGUGACCGUGGAGGACAUCAAUGACCAUGCGCCCGUUUUCCCGGAGGAUCAAGUCACUUUUAAGAUUCUGGAAACCAGCAACCCGGGCUCACGUUUCCCACUGGUAGGUGCUCGGGACCUGGAUGUUGGCAGCAACAGCAUCCAGACUUACAGCAUCUCUCCAGAGAAUGCGUACUUUAGUAUCUCUUUUGGGACUCGGAUUAAGGGCAAGAAAUAUGUGGAACUGGUCCUGGAAAAGCCGCUGGACAGAGAGGAGCAAUCAGAGAUGGGUUUCAGUCUCAUUGCAAUAGACGGAGGCUCUCCGCCCAGGAGUGGGACCACACAAAUCCACAUUGUUGUUCUAGAUGUAAAUGACAACUCUCCAGUGUUUUUGCAGGAGUUAUAUGUUGCUCACAUUUUGGAAAAUGCACCAGAAGGCUCUGUUAUUCUCAGUGUGGUGGCGACUGAUCUGGAUGAAGGUCCUAAUGGGGACAUCUCCUAUCAGUUCAGCCAAGCAGUGGGUGAGAGUGACUCUGCAUUCGUAAUUGACCCUGUGAGUGGUGAAAUUAAACUCACAAAGCCUCUGGACUUUGAGGCAGCAGAGAAUCAUGAGCUCACUGUGCAGGCCACAGACGGUGGUGGCCUGUCAGCAAUCUGCAAGGUGUUGGUGGAGGUGGUGGAUGUGAAUGACAACGCUCCAGAACUGGUGGUCAGUUCCUUCAGCAGCCCCCUCCCUGAGAACGCAUUACCUGGGACAGUGGUCGCCCUCUUUGCUGUCAGGGACAGAGAUUCUGGAGCCAACGGGAAGAUCUCCUGUGCCCUUGAGGACCAGCUGUUCUUCUCCCUGCAUCCAGCCUAUAAGAAUUACUAUGAGCUGGUGACUGUGAGCACAUUGGACCGGGAGGAGACUGCACAGUACAUUCUCAGUGUCACUGCAGCAGACGCAGGGUCACCUCCUCUCACAACCACCCAGACCUUCACGGUGGACAUCUCUGAUGUGAAUGACAAUGCACCUGUCUUCAACCAGACUUCGUACACCAUGUAUGUGCGUGAGAAUAAUGUCCCCACGGUGCUUGUUGGAGCUGUGAGUGCUGCAGAUGCCGACACAGGGUCCAAUGCCAAGGUGACCUAUUCCCUGUUACCAGCCCACCCCACAGAGCAGCCUCCCUGCUCCUGCAUCUCUGUGAACUCUGAGAAUGGGGAUGUGUUUGUGUUGCGGCCUCUGGACUAUGAGCAAGUGAAGCAGAUUGAAGUCUUAGUGCAUGCCUCUGAUGCUGGGUCUCCUGCCCUCAGUGCCAACGUCACUGUCUGCCUUGUUGUAGUGGAUGAGAAUGACAAUGCGCCACUGGUGCUGUACCCUUCACAGGAUAGCAGCCCACCAUCCAGCGAGCUGGUGCCCUUGUCAGCUGAGGCUGGCUACGUUGUCACCAAAGUAGUGGCCGUUGAUGCUGACUCGGGACAGAACUCAUGGCUCUCGUACCACUUGCUGAGGGCCACUGACCCCGGGCUGUUUGUGGUGGGUGCCCAAAGUGGGGAGGUGCGGCUGAGGAGGCCCGUGACCGAGAGAGAUGCUGUGAAGCAGAAACUUGUUGUUCUGGUGCGAGACAAUGGGCAGCCACCACUGUCAGCCACAGCAUCACUGAGUGCGCUUCUGCUCAGUGACUUCUCAGACGUGCACAUAACGCACAGCAGCCUGGCCACAGAGGAUGAGGGUGACUCCCUGACAAUGUAUUUAAUAAUUUCUUUGGUCUUUGUCUCACUUCUCUUCCUUGCAUCUAUGGGAGCCUUUGUUGCUAUCAAGGUUUACAAGAGAAAGGAGCUGAAGGGUGGGCAAGUACUCUGCAGUGCUGGAAACUUGCAGAGCGGCCUGGCUGAUGCAGCAGCUGCAGGCACUCUGCCCCACCCCUAUUGCUAUGAGAUCAGCCUCACAACAGGCUCAGGCAACAGUGAGUUCAAGUUCUUGAAGCCCAUCCUCCCCAGCCUGCCACCACAGCACUGCACCAUGGGCAGGGGCACUGACAAUGAACAGGAUUUCCCCCUUGGCCCUAUCACCCUGGAUGACGUGGCAGCAAACAACCCAGGCAUGCUCUCUGCAGAACCGUUCAAUAGUCUUUCCUUUAAGUAGUUUGGAGUCAGCACAGCCAGAGUCUUCAGGUCUUGUGAUAGGAAGGAAUGUGGGCUACAACAUGUGACAAUGUUUUCCUCGGAGUUCAUCUGCAUUUGCAGUUGUUGUCAGCAGUUUACCCUCCGAUUUUUCAUCAGAUUAAUACUUUUCUCCCACUGAAAACAGCAAACAGAUGAAGCUAAAGGAUUCCUCAGACAAGUAACAGUAUGUUUUUGCUGUUACAGCCAUUUCUGAAAUGCUUCUAGUGUGGGUUAAUCCCUGGGUCCCCAGCUAAGUUCUUGUCUCACUUGCUGUUCGGCAAGACCAUGGCCCUCUUAUUCUCUGCUGUAACUCAAUGGCCUGGUCAAGGAGACAAGUCAACUUCUUGCUGAAAUGCACGUAGCCCUUCUCCUGGGUCAGGAAAGCAAGGAAGUUGUGAGUACUGUGUUACAAUGUGGUGCAAACAUGGGGCUUUUUCUGCUCUGGGGUCUGGAUAUCUAUGUCUCUGAGAUGUGUGACAUCUGUGUGUUGUGUCUUCUGGUCGCCAUGUCUCUCUAUACAUAUGUUGUGUGUCUGCAUAUGCUGCCCUAGUGCUGUUCAGUGAAGUUGGGAGUUGCUCACAUACAGCUCCUCAGGAAACAAAGAUAUUUUGACCCUUGUAGAAUGGAAGUCUUAUCAUCUCCAUGGGAGAGCAGCGAAAAGCAGAUUGAGAUUUUGCUUUGACACGUGAAAGGUGGGUUCAUGGCUGGGCUUUGUCCUUGUGAUUGCCUUGAAAUUACAGGAGCACAAAUGAUGUUGGCAUAGACUGUAACUGUACAGGGUUGUGAACACACAUUUGUUGUCUUUGAGUGCAUUGUAAGAAAACUCCAUAGGUCACUUCAAAGGAGUUCAUCUGAAGGUAGAACUGAGAUGAACUUAUAAAGGGUCACUGUGUUUGGUCUCAUCACUGUUGUUCCCAAAUUUAGAGGGAUGGGAGUGGAAAGCUUUUCCUAGAUUAUUUUCUGGGUUUAUGUAGAGCUUUUACAUUCUUCCUUUUGCCCUUUCUCCUUCUACUCUGUGUGCUGUAUUUGAGAAUUUUCUCCUGUAUUUUGUCUAAGGAUUGCCACACAAUGUAUAAUAUUGGUUUUUGUGAAUGAAGGCAGAGUGGCACAGAAUUUUUGGAAACACUCAUGCUGCGUGAUGGUGCAGUUAUAAACUGUACUCUUGUGAACUGCGAUACGUUUCUGUGUAAAAGUGGAAUAAAAAGAACACCCAACUGA